AAGAAAGCGUUUGGCUUUACGAGAUGAGCCCCGCUGGGAAGAAAACCAUCAAGAAGAAACGCGUUUUGUCGUUCCCAAUCACACCAAUUUUCUUUCUAUAAAUUCCCCAAAUCCCCUUUCCCAAUUUCCACAAAAACCUAAACCUCCCUCUCCAACUCUCAAUACCAAAACCUAAACCUCUCUCUCUUCAUGGCCGCUGAAACAGAAACACAACCCCAACCCCAACAAAUGGAAGAGCAAGAACUCAAGUACCUUGAAUUCGUGCAAUUCGCGACCAUUCAGGCUCUCAUGCGCUGCGCCAUCCUCUACUCAUACGCCAAGGAGCGCGCCGGUCCUCUCAAGCCCGGCGUCGACACCGUGGAAGAGGCUGUGAAGACCGUCGUGGCUCCGGUCUACGACCGCUUCCACCUCGUCCCCGUCGAGAUCCUCAAAUACGCCGAUCGCAAGGUCGCCGAGUUGGACCGCCACGUUCCCUCCAACGUCAAGAAGGUCUCCUCCCAGGCCCGCUCCGUCGUCUCCGACGUCCGCCGUGACGGCGUCUCCGGCUUCGCCAAGACCGUUUACUCUAAGUACGAGCCCACGGCGGAGCAAUGCGCCGUGUCUGCGUGGCGGAGGCUUAACCAGCUUCCGAUCUUCCCUCACGUGACCAACGCCGUUUUGCCUAAGGCCGCUUACUGCACUGAGAAGUAUAAUGAGGUCGUUGUUUCCUCCGCCGAGAAAGGAUAUAGGGUUUCCAAUUAUCUCCCUUUGGUGCCUACUGAGAAGAUCGCCAAAGUCUUCAGUCAAAACUGAUCUCGUUUUGUGGGUUUUUUUUUUCCAGUUUCACUUUAGUUUACUUACAGCAGUGAUAUUGUUACUGUUGGUCUCCUUGUUGGAUACUUGAUGAUAUGAAUGUUCUGUUCGGUAAUGUUACUAUACCAUAAUACAAUAUAUUUGUGAGUCAAUCAAUUACUAA